AGUUGGUCGGCGGGGCUGCAGUACUCGACUCUGGCGUCUUGCUCGUUGCAAUAAUUUUGAUAGUAAGAAAAGAGGGAUCGAAGAUAUAAUUUUCACAAUUGUGAUGUACUUAUUGAGCGGAGGCAUCGUUGGCAAGAAAUCGACAGAUUCGUUUUCAUACGAGUUUGAAAGGUAGUAGAAGAAAGGAGGGUUGAUAGGGUGCGGAUUCAUUGGCGAAGUCGUAAUCGUCCACCGUCGUGGAUCCAGAACGUAUUAACGAAACAGUAACGACGACGAAGACGAUGCUGGGACAAGUGAACAGUAAAUUUGUUCAUCCCCGGGUCGACGAGGCCGCGAAAACAACGUUUCAAUCCCACGUCAAGGGUCACCGGGUGGUGAACGGAGACAGACGUAACAUUGUAAACGGGGACCUUUACUCGAACGCGGUAUACGAAGACGUGUUCAGACGAUCGAUUGACCAGCCCGAGGAAUUCUGGUCGGAAAUAGCCCAAUGCGUUGAAUGGAGCAAGCCGUGGGAGAAGGUCCUCGACGACUCGAAUUCACCCCAUACCAAGUGGUAUGUCGGCGGCGAGAUAAACGCCUGCCACAACACCGUCGACCGGCACGUCGCCGCUGGUCGCGGGAACAAAGUCGCCCUGAUACACGACAGUCCGCAAACAUCGACCGUCCGCAGUGUCACCUACAGCGAACUCCUCGAGAAGGUCUCUCUGCUCGCUGGGGUCCUCGCCGAUCUCGGCGUCCGCAGGGGCGACAGGGUCGUCAUCUACAUGCCUCUGAUACCGGAGACCGUCAUGGCCAUAUUGGCCACCGCCAGGCUCGGUGCUGUGCACUCCGUCGUCUUCGGCGGAUUCGCUGCGAGGGAACUGGCAACCAGAAUCGAUCACGCGGAACCAAAAGUCAUAAUAUCUGCGAGCUGUGGGUUGGAACCAAACAAACUUAUAAAAUACACCAGCAUACUGAACGAAGCCAUGGACCUGGUUACCGUGGAGAAACCCAGGAGUAUCAUUUACCAGAGACGUAACGUUUGGGAGUCCCCCUUGUCCAGCGGGGAUAUAGACUGGGAUUUGGCGCUAAAAGACAGUAAACCUCACCCGUGCGUUCCCGUCGAAGCCAACGAGUCACUCUACAUAUUGUACACCUCCGGAACCACAGACAAGCCGAAGGGAAUUCAGAGGCCCAUUGGUGGCCACAUUGCUUCACUUGCUUGGACCAUGAAAGCCAUUUAUGGAACUGACGAGAACUCGGUGUGGUGGGCAGCCUCGGACAUGGGCUGGGUCGUUGGCCAUUCUUACAUAUGUUACGGUCCUCUUUUGGCCGGCAUCACCAGCGUCAUGUACGAAGGAAAGCCGGACAGGACACCAGACGCCAGCCAAUAUUUCAGAAUAAUCGAGGAGCACCGGGUCAAUGCCCUCUUCACUGUGCCAACGGCCUUCCGGGUCUUAAGGAGAGUGGACCCCGACGUUUCCCUGGGGAAGAAAUAUUCUACAAAAUCGCUCAAGACAAUAUUUAUAGCGGGUGAGCAUUGCGAUCUCGAGACGAAAACGUGGGCGGAAAACGUCUUCAAAGUUCCUAUAUUUAAUCACUGGUGGCAAACUGAGACCGGACACGCGAUUACCGCCCCCUGCCUAGGCUUAGGUCACAAUCGGGAUCCGCCUCCGUAUACGGCAGGGAUGCCGUUUGCCGGUUACAAUGUUAAAGUUUUGCGGGAAGACGGAAGUCUGGCCGUUCCAAACGAGCUUGGAAGAAUCGUAAUCAAGUUACCUUUGCCACCUGGUACAAUGUCGAAUUUAUAUUUAGCCCCAGAACGGUUCAGGCAAACUUAUUUCUCAAAAUAUCCGGGGUUUUACGACACGAUGGAUGCCGGGUAUAUCGACGAGUUUGGAUACGUUUACGUAACGGCACGUGACGACGACGUUAUAAACGUGGCAGGGCAUAGAUUGUCCACCUUUGCCUUGGAGGACGUUGUUCUGGGGCAUCCGGACGUCGUUGAUGCGGCCGUCGUCGGUGUUCCGGAGCCCACCAAAGGCGACAUACCUCUGUGCUUGUACGUUCUAAGAGGAGGCGAUGCGAAGAACGAGGAAAAAGUUAACCAGGAAUUAAUAGCUCGAGUUCGCAAGCUUAUCGGACCGAUCGCUGCCUUCAAACUUGCUGCAUCUGUCGAAGCCCUGCCGAAGACGAGAUCGGGGAAAAUAUGCCGAAAAUCCAUAGCCGAUUUAGCGAGGUCCAUGCGAGUACAGAUGCCAAGCACGAUCGAGGACCCGACGGUCUAUACGGGAAUCAAAAUGGCACUUCAAAAACUUGGAUACGCAAUAAACGCACCGGAUCCAGAGUUGUAGAGGCUUGAAAUUUACAGAGUGUGCUUCGUUAAUCAAGUAAAUCAAAACUUCCUACUUGUGUGAUGAAACAUGUUGACGAUUGUGGAUCAAUCGAA